AUGUUCCUCCUGCUCCCCUUUGACAGCCUAGUUGUCAAUCUCUUGGGAAUCUCCAUAACCGUCCUCUUCACUCUACUCCUGGUUUUCAUCAUUGUGCCAGCAAUUUUUGGAGUUUCCUUUGGCAUCCGCAAGGUUUACAUGAAAACAUUAUUGAAGAUUUUUCAGUGGGCGACACUGAGAAUAGAGCGUGGUGCCAAGGAGAAGAACCAUCCAUUAUACAAGCCCUAUGUCAAUGGUAUCAUUGCAAAGGAGCCAACAUCUCUGGAAGAGGAGAUCAAAGAGAUCCGUCGGAGCGGCAGCGGCAAAGACCUGGACACCCCUGAGUUUGAGCUCUCAGAUAUCUUCUAUUUCUGCCGCAAAGGCAUCGAGACCAUCAUGGAUGAUGAAGUGACCAAGAGGUUUUCAGCUGAAGAGCUGGAGUCCUGGAAUCUGCUCAGCAGGACCAACUACAACUUCCACUACAUCAGCCUGCGCCUCACUGUACUCUGGGGACUGGGUGUUGUCAUCCGCUACUGCUUCCUUCUGCCCCUCAGGAUAGCCCUGGCGUUCACUGGCAUCAGCUUGUUGGUGACUGGUACUACAGUGGUGGGAUAUUUGCCAAAUGGAAGGUGUAAGGAGUUCCUCAGCAAACACGUCCACCUGAUGUGUUACCGGAUCUGCGUGCGUGCCCUCACAGCCAUCAUCACCUACCAUGACCGAGAAAACAGACCCCGAAAUGGAGGCAUUUGCGUGGCCAAUCACACAUCCCCCAUUGAUGUGAUCAUCCUGGCCAGUGAUGGCUACUAUGCAAUGGUGGGUCAAAUCCACGGAGGGCUCAUGGGUGUGAUACAGAGAGCCAUGGUGAAAGCUUGCCCCCACGUCUGGUUUGAACGUUCUGAGGUCAAAGACCGUCACCUCGUUGCCAAAAGGCUCACAGAGCACGUCCAGGACAAGAGCAAACUGCCUAUUCUUAUCUUUCCGGAAGGAACCUGCAUCAACAACACGUCCGUGAUGAUGUUCAAAAAAGGGAGCUUUGAAAUUGGAGCCACAGUUUACCCUGUAGCCAUCAAGUAUGAUCCACAGUUUGGAGAUGCCUUUUGGAACAGCAGCAAGUAUGGCAUGGUGACCUACCUCCUUAGGAUGAUGACCAGCUGGGCCAUUGUGUGCAGUGUGUGGUACUUGCCCCCAAUGACCAGACAGUGUGAUGAGGAUGCUGUCCAGUUUGCCAAUCGAGUGAAGUCAGCUAUUGCCAGGCAGGGAGGCCUUGUAGAUCUGCUCUGGGAUGGAGGUCUGAAGAGGGAGAAGGUGAAAGAUACAUUCAAGGAGGAGCAACAGAAACUUUACAGCAAAAUGAUUGUAGGCAACCACGAAGACCGGAGCCGCUCCUGAGUCCUCUGUCUCCAGCACUGUCUCCAGAGCUCUGCCUCCAAAGUGAGCCAGGUCUUGUACAAAGCAGCUCCAUUUCUUUUGGACUUUGGCUACUCCAGAGCUGUUUGGACUUUCUCCUUCAUCUACUGGCUCUUCUUUCCAGGAGGCAUUAUUACUGCCUAAAGCCUUCAGGCCUUAGGCAACUCUUGGCACAGAUGCCUUCUUGUUACUGUUACAGUAAAGCCCCUUGCAGGGGCAAUAUUAAAUGAAACACUUCUGGUGUCA